AUGAAGGUUGCUCUCGACUCGUUCCGCGUCCUGCUGUUUGACCAGCGAGGCACGGGUCGGAGCACUCCGGCGACACCGCAGCACAUCCUAUCAAUCGGUUCGCCGGAAGCACAGGCGGAGUACAUGUCCCACUUUCGCGCCGACUCCAUAGUCAACGAUUGCGAGAUUGUUCGCGACAAGAUUGCCGGCGGCAAGAGGUUGACGCUGAUCGGCCAGUCGUUCGGCGGAUUUUGCAUGCUUCGGUACCUGUCUGCCUACCCCGACGCCAUCGAGCGCUGCCUCUUCACCUGCGGGCUCGCUCCGGUCGGCAAGCCGGUCGAGGAGGUUUACCGCGCCACGUUCAAGCGGAUGGAGAAGCGCAACGCGCGCUUCUAUCGCCGCUACCCGGACGAAAUUGAGAAUGUGCGCGACCUCGUGCGCAUCCUCCACACGUCGCCCGCGAAGCUGCCUCGCGGCGGCACGCUGACCGCACGGCGCUUCCUGUCGCUCGGGCUCAUGCUCGGCUCGGGCGCGGGGCUCGAAAAGCUGCAUGACCUGCUCGAGCUGGCAAAGGCACCCGGAGCUCCCGCCGGCGAGCUGCCAGAGCUCUUCUUGCGCGGCGUGGACGACGCGGAAGCUUUCUCGACGAACCCAAUCUAUUGGCUGCUGCACGAGUCCAUCUACUGCGACGGACCCGGCUCGGCGAGCGCGUGGGCCGCAGAGCGCGUGCAGGCGUCGCUCCCGGCCUUCGACUACACGCAACGGCUGGACAAGGGCGCCGAGCCGAUUCUCUUCACCGGCGAGAUGGUAUACAAGUGGAUGGGGGAGGACUACUCAGCCCUCCGGCCGCUCGCCCCGGCCGCGGAGCUGCUGGCAAACAAGGCUGACUGGCCGAAGCUGUACGACAUCAACAACCUCGGCAAGAGCGACGCCGAGUGCGGCGCACUGAUGAGCUACGACGACAUCUACGUCGAGCGCGAGUUCAGCGAGGAUACGGCGGCGAUGCUGCGCUCGUGCCGUCUAUGGGUGAGCAACGAGUUCCAGCACUCGGGCCUGCACGAUGACGGAGAGCGGGUCUUUGAGAAGAUCAUGGCGAUGUCGAAGGGUGAGGUCGAAUUUGGCAUCUGGUCGGGGGUGGUCGGUUAG